UUUUAUAAAACAGUUGUUGUUGUUUUACACUCGAUGGACGUAACGUUUCUUUUAAUUUGGGAGGUUUUCUGAAAUAAUCUCUCACUGGGUGGCGCAGCUGCCAGUAUCUGAGGCUGUUAAAUGUCCCAGGUGUGACUCCGACUGACGAUCAGAAGAAGACAGGACCCUGAGGCAUCAUGGGAAACGGAGCAUCAAAGAGCAGCGGCGGCGAGGAGGCGGAGCCUCAGAAGACGCCUCUGUUUGAGAGCGAGCCGUGCGGGGCGACCUACAGGAUACCUGCGCUGAUCUACCUGAGGCACCGCCGCACCUUCCUCGCCUUCGCCGAGAAGAGAGCGUCAUCGGCCGACCACGACGCCAAAAUCCUCGUGAUGAGGCGAGGAGCUCUGCAGCAGGACGGGAGCGUCCAGUGGUCGUCCAGUCAGCAGCUGUCCACGGCGACUCUUCCGGACCACCGUACGAUGAACCCGUGUCCCGUCUACGAGGACCAGAACCGGACUCUGUUCCUGUUCUUCAUCUGCGUUUUGCGGCGCUGCACGGAGACGCAACAGAUCGUCUUUGGGAGGAACAGAGCUCGCCUCUGCUUCGUGAGCAGCGCCGACGACGGACAGACGUGGAGUCAGACCACGGACCUGACGGAUGCUGUGAUUGGUGAAUCCGUCCAUAAGUGGGCCACGUUCGGCGUUGGCCCGGGUCACGGCGUUCAGCUGGAGAAUGGCAGGUUGAUCGUCCCAGCGUACGCCUACUACGUCCCGUACAGGUGCUGCUCCUUCCCCGUCCCGUACACGGUGCAUCCUCACGCUCUGUCCAUCUACAGCGUGGACCGCGGUCAGACGUGGCAGCUGGGUCAGAUGCUCCGCAGGAAGUCGUGCGAGUGUCAGAUGGCGGAGAUCAUCGACCACGAGGGGAGGAGCCAUCUUUACUGUAAUGCUCGUAACACCGGAGGCCACAGGUGCGAGGCGCUGAGCGAAAACAGCGGCGUGUGUUUCGACAAACCGCACACCGCCCGCGAGCUUGUGGAGCCGCCGUCCGGCUGUCAGGGCAGCGUCAUCGGCUUUCCGGCGCCAGAAUUCGUCCCGAACGAUGACGCGGAGAGCAAAGCCUGCGGCACGUCGCUGCUGUCUCCGGACACGCAGACGUGGCUCCUCUUCAUCCACCCAACCAACAGGUGCAGUCGCAGGGACAUGGGCGUGUACCUGAACCGGUCCCCGCUGCACUCGUCGGGCUGGGACCGGCCCCGGAUCAUCCACAGGGGGCCCAGCGGGUACUCGGACCUGGCCUACCACGGAGACCUGGAGCGCUUCUCGUGCCUGAUGGAGUGUGGGAAAGAAAGUUCGCUGGAGCAGAUCGCCUUCGUGACGUUCACUCUCAACGAUGUCAUGCAGACAGGAAGUAAGAAGGACAAGAAGAUACGUUGACUGACGGUUGUUUCAAUGUUUUUAUAACGUUCUCUAAUGUUUCUGCCUCUAAAUGUGCCGUCUGUGUUCACGUCGCCCUGACGGAUGCAUGCACGUCACGUUUGUCUCCUUGUUCACAUGAAGAAGUAAAAAAACAUAAACAUCUCAACGUGCAAACAGAGGGGCGGGGCAUGUGGAGGG